GAGGGAGGGAGAGAGAGAGAGAGAGAGAGAGAGAGGUGUAACGGGGGAUCCAUGGAGCAUAUCACGGCGCGAGUGUUUUCUAUGUCUUCUUGUCCACGAUGCACUUUCGGAUUUCAAUAAGAUGCGUGUGUGUCUCCAGAUAGUCACUUUCCUCUUGUGCUGCCAGCCGCUGCGAGCUCAGGAUCCCGCCUGCUGCAACCAUGCUGCAGAGUUCUCCUCUUGUAAGGAAGCGUGUGACCAGCUCGCCACCAUAAAGAGUGAGUCUCGUCUGAAGCAUCUCCUCCAAAGGUUACCCAGCUACUGUCCAGAGUCUAUGAAUGAACUGUGGAUGUGCAUCAACUCGACUCUCCCAGGAGUAUCCCGUAAAUCCGAUGGCUGGGUGGGGCUGGGCUGCUGUGAGCUGGCGAUCUCAGCUGAGUGUCGUAGGGAAUGCAGACAGGCAUCAUCCAAAGGUGACAUAACUAAAGUAUGCAAGAAAGUCACAGAGAAUUCCCUCUACAGCUGCAUCACCAAAAAUGAAAUGGGCUCCACAUGCUGCAGCUAUGCAGGGCGUCACACCACCUGCAGAGAGUACUGCCAGGCCAUCUUCAGGACCGACUCAACACCCACUGUGUCCCAGAUCAACGCUGUCAAAGAGUACUGUCAGAGUCACAGCGCUCAGCUGCUCAGCUGCGUCAACAACUUCACCAAGUCCUACCCCAUACGCAGCCCUAUAGACAGUCUGUACUGCUGUGACCGGGCCGAGGCCACCCACUGCCAGGUGGCGUGCCGGAGAAUACUUCGCACCAUGAGCACGGAGCACGAGAUCAUGGAGGGUUUGAUCGAGGAGUGCGGCUCCCAGCCUCUCCCCCAGGAACCCAUGUGGCAGUGCUUUCUGGGUUCCAAACCUCCUUCCCCGCCUGAAGAGGAGACCCCCCAUCCUGCCAAGAUGGACUGUGCCAAACUGCACUGCUGCUCCAAGGCCAACACGUCACUGUGCAGAGACAUGUGUCAGGAGAUCAGCACUAACUGGGGCAGCCAGACGUGGCAGGACUUCGACCAGCUCUGUGAGUACAACCCAGUGGAGGCGGAGCUCAUCAACUGCCUGGCUGACGUCCGGGAACCCUGUCAACUGGGCUGCAAGGACCUCACCUACUGCACCAACUUCAACAACAGGCCCACGGAGCUGUUCCGCAGCUGCAACGUCCAGUCGGACCAGGGCGCCAUGAACGACAUCAAGCUGUGGUCCAACGGGACCAUCAAGAUGCCGUUCAUGAACAUCCCGGUGCUGGACAUCAGGAAGUGUCUGCCAGACAUGUGGAAGGCCGUCGCCUGUUCCCUGCAGAUCAAACCCUGUCACAGCAAGUUCAGAGGGAGCAUCAUAUGCAAGUCAGACUGUGUGGACAUCCUGACCCAGUGUGGGGACAGGAAGCGUUUCCAUGAAGGACAAAUGCCAGAGAGGAUCUGUGAACUGCUGUCACCCAUCGACGACCCUGAACGCUGCAUCCCUCUCCACAGAUACCUCACUCCCAGUUCCCUAGGCAACGACAUCGUUGAGGAGGUCAUCCAUCCAUGCAACCCCAACCCCUGCCCCAGCAACCACCUCUGCCAGGUGAACAGGAAGGGCUGCUUAGACGAGCUCAACUGUCAGCCGUACCUCUGCAUUCCAGGCUGUAAACUGGGCGAGGCCUCGGAGUUCCUGGUGCAGCAGGACGCUCGGAUCCAAGUGCCGACUCGUGCCGGACCCGCCGGGUGCUACGAAGUGUGUAGCUGCGGCCCCAGUGGCCGUCUGGAGAACUGCGUGGAGAUGCCCUGUGUGGACAUAAACAAGCCCUGCAUCGUCGGAGGACAGAGGAAGAGUCACGGGACGUCUUUCAGGAUCGACUGUCACACCUGUUCCUGUUUCGCUGGCAGCACCGUCUGCUCCACACGAGAGUGUCGCAGCUUCGGCAACGCGGAGGACGAGCGACGCCACUUCACUGGUCUGCCGUGCAGUUGUCCUGACCGCUUCAUCCCCGUGUGUGCCUCUAACGGUCGGACGUACCCCAGCGCCUGUGUCGCUCGCUGUAUGGGAUUCAAGGACCAUCAGUUUGUGUUUGGCCAGUGUCGCCUCAGUAAUCCCUGCACCAGCAAACCCUGCCAGAGAAACCAGAGGUGCGUCCCAAAGUAUCGCGUGUGUCUGAGUGACGUGUCAGACUGUCCACAGUACGAGUGCGUCGGCCGCCCGGGGUCAUGUGAUAAGAACACCGUGGAGCCAGUGUGUGAUACCGACGGCCUGGUUCACCUGAGCGUGUGUCACCUGCUGCAGGCUGGGAAGACGCUGGCUUACAUGGGACACUGCCAGGACGCCUGCAGGAAGCCACAGCAAGUGUGUGGCCACAACGGAGAGACCUACAACACAGUGUGCGAUGCCUUCUCUGAUCGCGUGGCCCUGGACUACGAGGGCCCCUGCCACGCUGUGGGGGCCGUGUCUGACGUGGCCCCAGACUCUGCUUGUGGUUUUAUUCCUUGUCCGGCUCUGUCCAUGCGCGGCUGCCAGCCUGUCACGCCCCCUGGAGCUUGCUGUCCCAUCUGUGCCAGCAUGCUGCAGAUCCUGUGGAACAAAGAGCAGAUGAACACGUUCUCCAAGCUGAAUAAGAUGCAGGCGGUGACGGUCCAGGACGUCCUGCAGAUCCUGCGGCAUCACGUCUCUGUGCCACAGUGUGAUGUGUUUGGUUACCUGAGCAUCGACCAUGAGCUGGUGGUUCUCAUCGCCCCGGUGGACCAGCAGCCGACACCACUGCAGAUUGAAGCCUGCAAUAAGGAGGCGGAGAAGAUCGACUCCCUCAUCAACUAUGGCAGUCCCACCCUGGUCUCCCAAGUCCCCCUCUCUGCCUUCCUCAGCUCCGAGAUCAAGACCUCCUCCAUCUCCUCGUCCGCCGCUGCUCCGCCCGCUCUGUGCCUUCUCCUCGGUCUCCUCCUUGCCGCCGCUCCAGGCCUCCGCCAUGUCUGAGUGCUUGUUAGCGCUCAUUCCCCCGCCCACCUCCUCACGAACUUUUAAAUAUUCCAAAGUGUCCUUGUGCCCCUCCCUCUCGGCCUGGGAUGACAGGUUUGUGAUGAGGUGAAGCGUCUGCGACAAUCUUUAUGAUGAACUCACCUGCGUGUCAGACAAUCAAGGCGGUGACAGAGCUAUUAUUACAAUUGUUAUUAAGAACGUUUGUAUUUGAAUGGAAGGACAGUAUUAUUCAGUGGAUGAGUCACUCAUGGGCUUUCCCUCCACUGAAGUGUGGCUCAGCAUGCGUGUGUGUGUGUGAGAGAGAGUGUGUGUGCGUGUGUGUGUGUGUGUGUGUGUGUGUGUGUGAGUGAGUGAGUGAGUGUGAGAGAGAGAGAGAGAGAGACCUUUAAGAAGCAUUUGACUUCAUACCAGCAGUGUUUAUUCAUUAUUCCCAGCAGGAAGCUCUCCUCUGAAAACUGCUGAGUGGGAAAUUUCACGACUCAGCCUGUCUUGAUUUGAGGCUUUAUACGUGUGUGUGUGUGUGUGUGUGUGCGUGGCUUUAUUAGGUUGUAAAGACCAAGUUUUGCACAUGACAGAGUUGUGAGAACAUUUCAGCCGGACGACGGUUGAGCGUUGAGCGUUGAGUUGAGCGCGUUGAGCCUCAGGCUUUACGUCUAUAAAUGUCCUCACAACUGAAACGUGCAUGUUUGUGAGACUAAAACAUCUUUGUCCGGCAGCACAUCUGGCAAAUUACCCAACAUUCCCAGAGCCAGUUACACACACACACACACACACACACACACACAUAAGUAUUAUCAUGUAUUAAACUGAUUAAGUCUGAUCAGCAUUCCAGUGACACCGUGACAGCCUCAGAUACAUGAGGCUGCACCGUGUGAACCACAGCGCCUCCUGUGAGGUGCAUGUGGACCAGAAGUGUUUGAACCUCUAACCUCAGCAGUGUUAGUGCCAUGCUCAUGGACUGAGCAGAUAAAUCCAGUCUCCAGUGUCAGUUUACUGGACUUAGCAGUGACCUGACGACAAGCCAGUCAACAAGUUCACAUAGAUGCGGAACCAGGGCUCGGGUGUGUUUCACUGAAGCAGAGCAGAGGUGACGAUCACGUCCAGAGCUUCUACCUGAGGUGGUGCUCACACCACAUCUAAAAUAUCAUACAUAUGCACAUCCUCCUCCUGACCUCGUCUGAGGACCAGAGUCCAGGUCCUUAUUUAACAUUGUCAGACUGAUAGUGCAGCAGAUUUUCCAGCUAAAACUGACCAAACUGGGUCACGAUGACAAACCAUCAUGACCCACUUCCCUCAUAUAAAAUAUUGGGACACGCUGAGUUGUACGAUACUUUUAAUAAUCCGACAGACUCUCCAUAAUCUUACAGUGAGCUGCAUUUGACACAUACACAUGUGGGUUGCUACGUCUAUGUGUUUAUGCCAAAAAGAGUAUUAAGGACUGACUGGAUCUGAUGAGCAUCACCUCUGAUAAAGUUCUAUCAGGACCCAGACCAGGUGAACCGCCUGUUAUCACAUUGAUCAUCACUUCCUGUCUGAGAGGCCAGUAGCUCUAAAACAUAAGAAAAGGGACGUCUCCUCUCAACAUAUGAACCAGAAGCCAUUUUAUAACUAUAUAAAGGACAAUCAGCUAGUCGUUACCCACAAUCCACUGUGGGUACAGACAUAUUUCCACAGUAUGCCUUGCAUAUAGUGUCUUAUAUGAAGUAAUAGUGAAAAAUGCAAUAACUUUAUAUUUGUUAAGAAAUGUCUCUAUAUUUGAUAUGUAUAUGACAAUGAGUUGAGAUGAUAAUGAUCUAUGUGCCAUGUUUUUUUAUUCUUUAUUGCAUGAUGACAAUUAUGAAGUGUUUUAGUCCAGAAUGUACCACAGUGUGUGUUGUCCUGUGUCUACGUGUGCGUCUCUGCCUGUACAGCACAACGUGUCCCACUCUCUAACAGUAUUACUGUGCUGAGGCAGCUCUGUAGCACGGCUCCUCCAGCUAUUACAUUUAAUAUAAUUAUUUUAUUAUGACUAUUAUUAUUAUUAUUGUUAUUGUUAUUAUUAUUAUUAUUAUGUCGUCUUCUGGAGCCAUCGAGUCAUUGGUGACAUUUGUACGUUUUCAUUGUUCCGUGUUUGAUUUCAUGUCAAACUAGGGAACGAGAACUCUGAUGAGUUCAUUCAUCUCUACUUUAUCGAUGUCACUGCUUCAAUCAAUCAUUUCUCUGACUGAAGAAAGUCAGCAUUUUUGGGAACUUUUCAAUCAGUAACUUUCUUUCUUUGAGUGAGACCAAACCAUUGCCUUCAGUAUUUCUUUGCACAUCAGAUUUAUAUGAUUUAUAUGAACAUUAAUGUUUUUGAACCAGUCAACAGUUCAAAGUUUUGCUUCCAAGGUUAGAAUUUAAAAAAAUCUUAAAUGACUUCAUUGGACUGAUGUGAGCACUGAUAGAUACUUAAGCUUGUGACAUCUUUAUUGUAUUAGUCACAAAGUGGUAUCAAGCCAUAACUCGUAGAUGUGAUGUCACUAAUAUGCAAAUUAGUGACAUAAGUGACUUAAUAAUCAAAUUAUUAGUUGCUUCCACCAACUUGACAGUAUUAUAUAUCAGAAAAGAUGUCAGCUUGUGUUAUUUUGGUCUUUAUAAACACACUGACAAUGUGUUGGUUUAAAAAGUGAUUGUUUGGGAUUCAGGUCAUUAUCUUAUCCAAGAAUAACCAUCUAAACUUCUCACUCUCACAAAGAAAGUUACCAAAAAUGUGUCUCAUAGAUAAUAGAACAAUUUAGCUUGGAGCCACUUUCUCCUGUUUUAUCAUCUGAUGUAAAUGUUGCAUAAUCAAGUGAAACAGAACCAGUCGACUGUCCUGAGCACAGCAACCACGAGGCCGACUCCAGGAGUCUGUUUCUGUGAUGACAUCACCAGGACGGGGGGGUGUUGUGUUGUGUUGUGUCCUGUUUGUUUUCUCUCCAUGUAAAUUGUCUUUGGACUGUUUGGCUCAUUGUGUGUUUGACUUUGUUAAAGUGCCAUGAAUUCAAAAUAAAACUAAAGAGUUUCAUCACAAUCUCA